AGGAAGUAGAAUGUUUCAGUCCCUAGUGGGGAAUGUUUCAGUCUGCUCAUGUACCAUUGAGGCUGGAAGUUCACCUUCAUCUGGGAUUUUUAGUUAGUCAAUUACCCACCUUUUCACUCCUCACCAAUACACCAUGUCUGUUAUUCGGGUGGUCUAUUUCUCUGUUUCCUAUCUAUUAUUCAGGUGGUCUAUUUCUCUGUCCCCUAUCUGUUAUUCAGGUGGUCUAUUUCUCUGUCUCCUAUCUGUUAUUCAGGUGGUCUAUUUCUCUGUCCCCUAUCUGUUAUUCAGGUGGUCUAUUUCUCUGUCCCCUAUCUGUUAUUCAGGUGGUCUAUUUCUCCGCCACAUACCCCUACUUCAUGCUGUUCAUCCUGUUUUUUCGUGGGGUCACUCUCCCCGGGGCCAAGGAGGGCAUCCUUUUCUACAUCACCCCCGACUUCAACAAACUCCUCAAGUCUGAGGUGUGGCUGGACGCUGCCACUCAGAUCUUCUUCUCCUAUGGACUGGGUCUGGGUUCGCUCAUCGCCUUGGGAAGCUACAACUCCUUCAACAACGAUGUGUACAGGGACUCCCUCAUCGUGUGCUGUAUAAACUCCUUCACCAGCAUGUUUGCGGGCUUCGUCAUCUUCUCCAUUGUGGGCUUCAUGUCGUACAUCACCAAGAAGCCUGUCCAGGAACUAGCUGCCUCCGGCCCAGGCUUGGCGUUCUUGGCCUACCCCCAGGCCGUGACUCAGCUGCCCAUGUCCUCCCUGUGGGCCAUCCUGUUCUUCUCCAUGCUGAUGAUGCUGGGGCUAGACAGCCAGUUCUGUACUGUGGAGGGCUUCGUCACAGCUCUGAUGGAUGAGUUCCCCAUGGUGCUGAGGAAGAGGAAGAAGGUCUUUAUCCUCGGCGUCUGUCUAAUCUCCUUCCUCAUCGGCUUCUCCAACAUUACACAGGGUGGUCUGUACGUCUUCAAGCUGUUUGAUUACUACUCUGCCAGCGGGAUGUGCCUCCUCUUCCUCGUCUUCUUCGAAACCGUCUCGAUUUCCUGGUUCUAUGGAGCUGAUAAGUUCUAUGGGGACAUUGAAGAGAUGAUCGGCUAUCGGCCCUGCGGCUGGUGGAAGCUCUGCUGGAAGUUCUUCACUCCGGCAAUCUGCCUGGGAGUGUUUACCUUCAGUGCCAUUGAGAUGACCCCCCUGACCUUGGGGAAGUACGUGUACCCGGCGUGGGGGCAGGGGAUUGGCUGGGUCAUGUCUCUGUCAUCCAUGGUUCUUGUGCCAGGCUAUGUCAUCUACAUGUUCUGCACCUCCAAGGGCGGCAUCAAACAGCGUUGGCACAAGAUGACCACCAGCGCGCCUUGUGAACAUGCUGGCGUCACACACCAGAAUUCACACACAGGAAGUGUGGGCGAAGCCGCCGUCUAACUGGGAAUAGGAUACAGUUGACUCCUGGGCCCUGAUCUAAGGUCGGUUUAGCGUUUUUCUCCUAAUGGUUAAAAUUAGGAGUUUUGGGUGGGUAAACCGAUUCCUAGAUCUGUUCCUACAGGCAACUUCCACCCAGAAUUCCUGACUAUGCCGGACACCUCGUCAACACAGGGGUGUAUUCACUAGGAACCAAACUAACCAAAUGAAAGCCAACAGAAGCAAACAGAAUGAAACGGGGAGUGACCUACCUGAAUUUGUCCAAUAGAAACUCUUGUUUCCGUUAGGAGUGAACGAUUUCCGUUGCGAAACGUUUUACCACUAUUUGCUACGGUCUUGCUCUAAUGAAUACACCCCAGUAUUCAGACAGAGAGAGGCAUCAUGGGAGAUGCCCUGGCCAAAAUGCAUCCAUUCCAUAUGUAUCCUCUGGAACUGAAUGGUCACAUAAUAUAAUGGACUGUAUUAUUGAACAAUACAAUGUUCUUUCUUCGGUGGUACACCGCUGUAUACAAUUCAUAAGGUGACACCAUCUUUUUCAGAUCUAUACGAAGUCAUUGUGGCCCCCUUUGGCUUACGAACAAAUACAAAGCAUUUUGUAAAGUAUCUGAAUAAAUUGAAAACAUUUAUUUGUAUUUUUUAUGUGUUGUGGCUGUUCCUUCUACGAUGCUGUAUACAGUACAUAUUCAUUAGAGGUAGCGUUCACCAGUUUAGCGUUUUAAUAACAGUUUGUAAUAUAAAUAACGGUUUGUAAAAUAUAUGAACAUUUCUUAAAUGUUUAUAACUGGCCCUUACGUGAAGAUACUGUGUUUGUUUUCAAUAGUGUUGAACUGUAAAUAUUAUUCUGUGAGUCCAAAUGCUGUAAUAGUGUAUGAAAUGAAACAAAAUGUGGUCAAUGAUGUACUGCAUAAAGUAGCCCUAUAUAAAGGUACUGUACGAGCCAGGAGUAACACUAAUUAAAAUGUCUCAUGGCUAAAUGUGUACUAUGAGAAGGGAUUUGGUUGGGUAUUCUUUCAGUUCAAUAAAAGCAAACAUA